CAAUUUCAGAAUAUGGCUCUUUUUUUACAAUAACCGGUAAAGUUUUGUUGUUAUUUCAAGGUAAAAAGUCGAAUAGAUGAACAAAAAGAAGUUAAACGUCGUUGAAAAAGGCAUUACUCAAUUAACAUGUAACUCAUUUUGUACAAAAGCAAAACUUGAACGUUUGAUUUACUUAAUUAAAUUAACGUCCUAAUUUUAUCGGUGGCGCUUCUUUUUGGAAAUAUAGCGCUUUUUAAGACCUAUGCAGCACCUUCUCAAUGGAGACAGUUGGCAACAGUGAAUCGGUAUCGGAAGGAAAAAGUAAACCAUGUAAACAAACACAAACACAUGGAAUAAUAUUUAAUUUAAAUAUAAUAAAGAAUAUUCAAUAUACAAUGGUUAUAGCACUUGGAAUAGAAGGUAGUGCCAAUAAGCUAGGUGUUGGCAUUGUGAAGGAUGGCGAAAUACUGGCCAAUUGCAGGCGAACAUAUAUUACUCCACCGGGCGAAGGGUUUUUGCCUAGAGAAACAGCUGAACAUCAUCAGGAAAAUAUCCAUGCAGUACUACAAGAAGCAAUGAAGGAAUCGGGACUUACUCCACAGGAAAUAGAUGUAAUUUGUUACACAAAAGGGCCCGGGAUGGGGGCCCCUUUAAUGGUUGGUGCUAUAGUUGCUCGGACCCUUGCAAAACUAUGGAAAAAACCUAUUUUAGGAGUAAACCAUUGCAUCGGACAUAUAGAAAUGGGUAGAUUAAUAACAAAGGCGAAUAAUCCUACAGUUCUAUAUGUUAGCGGUGGCAACACACAGAUAAUAGCGUACUCCAGACAGAGGUAUAGGAUAUUUGGAGAAACCAUAGACAUUGCUGUUGGUAACUGCCUUGAUAGGUUUGCCAGAGUCUUAAAACUAUCAAACGCACCAAGUCCAGGAUAUAAUAUUGAACAAGCUGCUAAAAACGGAAAGAAGUAUUUACAUCUUCCGUAUUGUGUAAAAGGAAUGGACGUAAGCUUCUCCGGGAUACUGUCGUAUAUGGAAGACAAAAUAGAGGAUUUAUUGAAGGAGUACACACCUGAUGACCUGUGUUACUCACUACAAGAGACAGUGUUCGCGAUGUUGGUCGAGAUUACUGAGCGGGCGAUGGCACAUUGUGGUUCUGAUGAGGUAUUGAUAGUGGGCGGCGUGGGCUGCAACGAGCGGCUCCAAGAGAUGAUGGGAGUCAUGUGUUCUGAACGCGGUUCUAGAAUAUUCGCCACCGACGAACGAUUUUGUAUCGAUAACGGAGUGAUGAUCGCUCACGCGGGCGCUGUUGCGUACGAGUCGGGUGCUCGAAUGGAUUUCAACGAUACCACUAUCACGCAAAGAUUUAGAACAGACGAUGUCUUAGUCACUUGGAGAGAUAAUUGAAUAAAGAAA